UCUGAAGUUAAUUCAUUACCAACACUUAUCGUUAUAUUGAUAAUGUUAUUUUAUUUCUAGUUGAACUUGGCGCCACAUCUCGAUAUCCUCAAUUUAUCACGUCGUAUAUUCAUGCCUCUUUUGUCGGAUGUUACAAAGGGCCGGUGAGUCAAGCGCUUGUUUAUUGGAAUCCUUGCUUUGAUGUCCGAGCACAUUCACUCAUCAAUGUCCCAUAAAUACCCGGGCAUUCGAAAGCAGCCGCGCAUUUCUAUUCUAAAGAUGCUGGAAGCUGCAUUUUCAGUGGAGUGGCUUGCUCAGAGCAGUCAGUCUGGCGAAAAGGGCCAGAACGAGUGUAGCAAAGUGCUUCGAUGUGGACGGGCAGCGGGGCAUGAUGAUCUCUGCACGGCGGAGAGGUCACAUGGCAAAGAAACGGCGAGCUCUACUGAAGAAAGGGGUAGGUCACCAGCCAGGCAUAACCAGAGGGCCAAACCCCAGCAGCGAGCUCUGGCAGUCCGCGCCAGUGCCGCCUGCAGCAGCAGCGCCUCCGGGAGCGCGCAGUGGGCGGACCGCCGGCGCCUCCGAACCAUCUUCACCAUGGAUCAAGUGCGCAUGCUCGAGCGCAGCUUCCAGCGCCAGCAGUAUCCGGGCACCUUUGUAAGGCGGAGCCUGGCUGGGGAGCUCCGCCUAUCAGAGACGCAGAUCAAAACCUGGUUUCAGAAUCGUCGGAUGAAACUCAAACAGCAGCUUCAAGUUGCUCAGGCUGAGGCACUCAAAUCCAGAUUGUUUCUUCAGUACUUCUGCCAUCCAUAUCACUCUGUUCAUAGCUUGCAUCAUGUGGUAGAUUCCAGCUUUUUCCCUCAUUACCCUGAAUUUGGACCUCUCCCCACCCAGACUUCUAUCUCUGAUUGCUGCUUACGGCACCUUGACUAUCAGCCAAAUCUACCUCUGAUCACUCCAAAGGCCACUACUAGUCGACUCCACCCACAUCUCACCAUCUAAGAUUAAAUCUAGGGCAAUAUAUUGCACACCUGACAAAGAAUAACUGUGAACAUUCUUUUAUCAUGUGAAAGAGUAUAUUUAUUUUUUUCUGUCAAUCAUAGACUACUUUUGGAGUUAUAUGUAGUAAACUGUAAUGCAUCACAAUAUUUUCAAGAGCAGACAGCCAUGUAUAAACUGGUCCAAAUUAGGAAGUAUUUUAUACUGUUAUGAUGCAUAUUCCCCUUUAUUGAAACUUGUAAUAUUUUUCAAUUCAGAGCUUCUCAAACUGUCUUAAUACAUAGGAAGGGAUGAGGCUGUACCUCUAUUUCUUGAAACAGGUCCAAGUCCACAAUACCAUCCACGAGGGAUAAUAUUUGGACCUAUUUCUCAGUGGUAUGCUUCAACUAGUUUAUUUAACAUUAAUAACUUUUUUAGUCCUUUCAAUUUCUUCAUGGAGCCCUCCGAUCAUGUCUGCAGAAAUCAGUGGCAAUUGUCCCUCCAAAGCAGAAAUUUCUCAUUAUUAUGGAUUAGUCAUUGCUGUCAUGAAUUGUCACUGCACAGCAGUCGAGGGUGGAAAGCACAGACAAAUCAUUUUGUCAUUCCUUGCAUUCCUUGCACACUUAUAAUGCUACCUCAUCUGAGAACUGUAACUCAGUAUAAAUCAGGAAAAGUAUUUUUGUAGAGCUCUGUCAUCAUAAUAUUGAUCAUUUUUUUUCCUGAGUAAUUGUAUAACAUACUACUCAACAUUACACUGGAAGCUACAAUAGUGCAGGGAAAAGUUACAAAUAAAAGCAUAGUGUAAUGAUCUUUGGUGUAUGGUGCUGUUCACAUUGAAACAAUACAGUUCCUUCAGACAGAUUACAAAAGAUGAUUUUAAAAUAUUGUGGUUUCUAUCUUCAGAUUGAUUAAAGUGAAACAGCCUGAUUUUUGAAAAUUAAGUUAGCCAAAUUUUGAAAAUAUAAUUAACCGAUGUUACAGCAAUAGAUUACAAAAUCAAAUGCAGAUGAUGAUAUAAUGUUCCUUUAAAGAUUUGUGAUUUGUGUCCUGAAAUAGUGUGGUGGGAUAUUAGCAGUCAAGUACUGAAUACCGUCAAUUGAAAUUCCUCUUUUAAGGUUAGCAGAAGUGUUAAACUCAUUCCUUUCAAAGAUGUUAAUGUCCCUGCUCAAGUAACAGAGCUAGAAAUUUUAAACAAAUUUGCCAAGCAUUGUAACUUGGCCUCUUUUGUUUUGCAGUACUUCUAUUAUAAAGAGGUUAAGAAAGAAAUAACAUGAAAGGUAGAUCAGUUAUAUUUGAUUAAGCCAUUACACAAACACAAAGGGAUAUUUUUCCCCACUGUGUCCUUUAUAAUACCAUUUUGGUUGCAUGCCAAUGGUCACAACCAGUUCUCUGAUUUUUAUCAGGAAUGAGCAAUAUCUUGUUUGUCCUCAUAAAAAUAACUUGAGAUCAAGAAACGUCCGGGUUGACAGGAAGCCCAUGUUUUGGAGAAGGACCUGCUUCGUUUGAAGAGGAAUUUUGAAAUAGUUUUCCUUUAGAUGUGGCAGGUGAUACCUUUGGCAGUUAUUGACAGUACAAAGCUAUAUCACAGUGCACACCAAAUUGGCUGCAAGCUGUGGUUAUUUCCUAUCAUAGGAUUUCCUACAACCUUGACUUGUAGUCUUCCCCCACACCUUUCAGUCAACCCUACCCCAUAAUGAAUAACUUCCUAAAACACUAUGCAUUGCAUAAUUUCCUAUUUCACCUGUUUCUGCUGUUUAACUGAGCCCUCUCUAGGCCUCACUGAAUCUGAGACCAUACUGGGUGACCAAUAGUUUUUGUCUGCUCCAAUAAAUUGCUUCCCUAACAUUUUUUUGUCUAAUCAAAACAAAUAUCUGUCACUGCUUUGUUGUUCUUUCCUAACAUAAAUCCAGUCAACCUUUAUUCUUUGAAAUAAAUCAUUCAGUCACAACCUUCAUACAACAAUAGUUUGGUUAUACUGACAAAUAGAAAUUGU